CUUGACGCGUUAAACGGAACGCCGCACUAACCAUUGUACAGUGUUAACGUGUUUGAAUCCAGUUUUCCCAAGUGCUAAUUCGCUCCGGGAUUGUGAGUGUUUCAUAGUUGGAGUAUGCGCUCGCGCUGAUAGUUUCACUUUCUACGACGGGACACUGCAAGCGAUGGCUCCCGUAAAUAAAAUACGGAUAUGCGCCAUACUUUGGCUGUUCUGCGCCGUAAACGCCGAUGUCAACGAUAACACAACUACAACAAAAACCAUUAGAACCACUAUUUUACCAUCAAGGACCACUCGCACCGAACUAAAAGUAUCCAGAAGCUUAAACCCACACGAUACACAAACCGUCAAUGUAAGAACGAAACAAGGACAUCUUACGCAAUUGAUAGUUAAGAAAAAGGAUGGAAAAUCUUCCACGCAAACCAGCAGCACAACUACCGCUCCAACAACGCUUCCCAUUAAGACUACAUUGCCGAACGUCAAGUUCAAUGCAACUGAUGAUACAAAGAACAAAACGGAGGCAAGAGAUCAGAGAAAAUUAAAUUUCGGCGCUGUAAAUAGUGAUCUAGCUGGUUUCGACUAUUAUAUAAACCGCAAUAAGCAUGAGGAACUGAGUGACAUUAAAGCGGAAUAUGGAAACUGGUCUCCAGUUUCAGUCUACCCAGAGUCACAUAUCCAAGAAAAUGGCGGCAAACCUGAUACAGACCCAGAAACUUCAAGCUAUUAUCCCACAUACGAUAAUCAUGAGAAAGUGGAAAAUAAAAAGGUAUAUAUAACAUCAACCAGUUUUAUGGACUACGGUGGACCCAUCAAAAGUUACAGAUUUGAUCCACACAAUCCAGUUAUUAAAAACGAUAGGAAUCCAGUGUACAUAGAAGUCGUUAGCACUAAAGUUUCUGAAGGUGAAAACAAGUCAUAUAAGGUUCCCGACCCAGUUAUGGUUAGCUCAGAACCUAUGUACAUUAAGAAGGCUAUUGAAAAGUUUAACAAACGAGGAAGAUCAAUACUAACCCUGGGCGACGAUGGUAUACCGGAAAUACAAGGGGUUAGAAUGCCAGAUGAUGAAUCAGAUAAAAAAAUAUGGCGAAAUGCUCGCGUAGUAAAUGGAGAACUUAUUCCUUAUCCUGAAGGAUACACUCCACCCAAGGCUAUCCCGGAGGCUGACGUUUAUCCCGAUUUAGUAGCCGCUGACCCCGCACAAAACUUAGGACCGUUUACUAAGGAAGAUAACUUUGAACCUAAAGAUGGGCCGUUUACAAAAUUUGACAAUAUCAAAUUUGAUAAUGACGAGUUUGUCCCAUCAUUUCCAUACAAAUCAAAAAAAGAAACGCAAUAUAUUAAACCAGGUUAUGGUCCAUUUACGAAAGCGGAUAAUUCUAAAGUAGCAAAUUCAAAAUUAAUUGAAUAUAUAAAGCAAAUUAAUGAACAAGAAUCUAAACGCGACUAUUUCAGCGGACGAAGUUCUAGAGCUCACACUGGAGAUCUAGAUUAUGCGGAAAGCCAUAUCCAAAGGCGUAUGUUGCAGCAUCCGGGAGAUUCCAAUUUCCCUAACUCAAUUCUGUACACUCCCAAAAAUGCUAAGCCCAGUUUUGAUGAAAGUGUACGAAACCCAGUUCUUCAGUAUGCCCACCCUGACCUUGGUGUUCAACCGGCAAAGGCCACUCGGGAUAAUAUUGAACAUUACGAAAACAAACGAAAAAUCAACUACUACACCAGUGUAGUGCCAAAGAGCGCUCAUCCGUAUCCGAUGGAACCGAUAAACGGAUACAAUCAGCAGCGCAGUCAAAACGUCCCCUCCGCCAACAGGUACUACGAAGACGAAUAUAAUAAAUUUUCUUACUAUGACCACAGCCCAGCUAAACACCCAUAUGGAUAUGGCUAUGUCAAGCGUAUUCCAGAACCAUCCCUGUGGAAAAGAUUCACUGACUCCAUGAAGGACACUAUCAACACUGCAAGUCAAACCGUUCAACAAUUCACAAAGCCUUUGAUAGAUCCCAUCGCCAAAGUGACACAGCCCGUAUUUGAUCCACUCGUGGAAGCUACGCAAAAAAUAUCCCAUAACCUAGGAUUAUACCCUAGCAAUUCCAUUCAAAGUCAAAGAUAUGCUCAAGAUAAAAUUGGUGUCGCAGCUGCCGCCGGAGCCCCGGGAAUGUUACCAGCUCUCGGUUUAAUGGCGAGUGGCGCGGCUUUAGGGCUGGGAGCGGUCGCCAUGGGCAGACUUCUGGACGUCAACCUAAUGCGUAGCGCCGACAACAGUGCUGAUGAAGUAGAUAAAGAACACAAAAGGUCAUUCGGAGGCGCCGUCUAUGACUAUGACAGAAAAAUUAUAAGCAGGCAAAAGUUCUACGAUGACAACUACAAGAUGCCGAGUGAAAAUGUAUACGUCGUUAUGUCUCCUGACGGUAAUGAUAGAACGAAACGUAACUCUCUGAGCUUCUACGAACCUUUUGAGGUUGUUAAUAAUGUGAGACAGCGGCGAAGUGUAAAGAGAGCUUUAGGAGACGACAUGGCCGACGACCUACAACAUAUAGAAACGACGCCUGCGCAAUCUUCUCUCACGGCAGCAGCCAUGGAGCUGGUGAAACAGACAGACUGGAGAGACUCGCAGUGCGCCAAAUUCACAUUCUGUAAAGUCCUCACGUCGCAGCCUUCCGACUCCAUGUUCGCCAUGGAAAAGAAAAUGGAGUCCCUCUUAAAAAUGAUAUCGAGAGGGAAUAGUGCUAGUGCAGCUGCGGUCGCACAUCAACUUGGAGACGUCAUGGCAGCCAGUAGAGACCACAACUGCUCAAGGUUUCAGUGUGAGGGCCAGUAGUUCACUAUCAAUUUAAUAUAUUAUGUAAUAUCGGAUUAUGAUACCAUUUUUGACACAUGGUUAAAAUUGUACCCAAAAACUGAGUCCUUCGGAAAUUGGAUAUGACAUUCAACAUAUAGAACUACAUCUAGAUAGUAUAUAUCAGAAUAUCAGGUGUGAAUUUUAGAUAAUUUAAUUUAGAAAAUUAUUUAUUACUAGUAAUUUAAUUGUAAUGUGAUUGUAUUGUAAGUUUUUGUGAGUGAUUUUAAUUUAUUUAAUAAUAUUAAGUGAUAGAAAUAAAAUAUUUAACAAAACAGUAUUGCCAUGCCUCUUUAGGGAAUAAAUCAAAAUUGUGGUGUGAGGCGAUAUAUUCUAAUAGAAAUGACCCUCCAUCUAGUAAGGUGCAGAAUGAAUUAAUACUUUAAAGAUCCGAUCGCUUUUAUUACUGAUCUAAUCGACUAACAUACACAAAUAUAUUAUUCAAACAUUCUCCCAUAUAUUAAUUUUUACAAACAAUUCUUUUAAAACAAUUCUUAGGCAACCUAGUAAUUCAUAAAACUUGUCUUGUGGAAAAAUCGUCAUCAAUCAAAAUCGUGUGUGCAAAAUUUUUUGUACUAAAAGUAACUAUAUAAAAACAUAUAGAACAACUUAUUGCGUAUGUAUUGAUAUUUUUACGAAUAAACUGAAUUUUCUUCUACUAUUUAUCCAAAGUUGUAUGUAUAAUAUAACAAAUGCUUUAUUUUAAUUAUAAUUUUUCUUAUGUAGAAAAUAGAUAUUUAUUUAAAUUAUUCUAGACGCAGCUAAGAUGUAAAUACGCUUUCAAAUGUAAGUUAUCUAUUUAUUUCUAAAAUAAAGACAAAAUAUUCUU